AUGGGCGAGCCUCUCUCAGCUUUGGCUAGUGUUCUAGCAAUUGCUGCAUUUGCAGCACACUCUUGUGAAUGUCUCCAUAAAACGUUACGGUUGGUCUCUGAAGCGCCGAAGGAAAUACAGCAUCAUAUCACAGCAGUCCGAGCUUUGCAGUCAACACUCGCUGGGAUAGCUAGACUCGAUGAUGAUGUCAAGGAUCCUGCACUCAUCACGGAGGAGUUUAAGGCCCGGUUGCAAGAAUGUAUGCUUGAUCUCCGGGGGAUGGAGAGGCUGACAAGUCCACUUCAUGCACAACUUGAAGAAGGUAAAGCACGGAGAGCUUGGGCGAAGUUGAGCCUGCGGCCUGUGAAAACCAGCACCACUAAAAGAAGAACCUUUUACCAGCCUCAGCAUACCGCGACUCAGGGUAGAGAUCGCCUCGUCAAUGAUUACCAGCCGUUUCAGAAAGAUUUAGGACACAAACAUAUUCAAUCAUAUCUUCAAAGCCGCGUUCUGAAAACCCAGAAUUAUCGCCUCUGGCAUUUCCUCUUGUGGCUAGGACCCGUCUACACAAACGAAUAUCACACAGGUAACGACGCCUCCACCGAAAUUUCAAGGAAAUCAGAGGGCUAUGGAAUUGCUCUUGCUACGGCAUUGUAUGGGAUCUGCCCAUAUAAAUUCGAGUUGGCGAUUUUUCUUCGGAGGACGUGGGACGGUUCUGUUCUCAGUCUCUCCUUGCAGUCGCAACUGUGUUUUCCGAGUAUAGUACCGUGGGAAGCCGGGGCCUUUGAUAUUGUUGCCUCCGGGGAUGUCGACGCUCUGGAUACUUUGCUCGCUACAAAGCAAGCAACCAUCUUUGACGUGCAACCAGAUGGAUCUACACUUCUGCAUGUUGCUGCGUCGCUCAGUGACUUCUCUAUGAUCAAAUACCUUCUCGAAAAGGGGGCCAGAGUAAAUGCAAUGGACGAUCAAGGCGGAACGCCUUUGCACAACGCUACCGAAAUUUCAACGGACUAUGAGGCAUCUCGGCUCCUCAUUGAUUGUGGGGCAGAUCUUUUAAAUCAAGACAUCGAUGGCAAAACGCCCUUGCACACGUUCUACAGCCUGGCUGUCGAGAAGAUAUGGCACUACUAUGGAGGCUUCAUUGACGAAUGUGCAUGCGAUCGUCGUGGUCUGACUUUACUCCAUUACCUUGCCUGGUCGAGCAACACUCCUUUGGAAACAUUCAAUAGAGUAUACAAGCAUAACGUUUCCAAUUUGAAUGUGGUAGACGUGACAGGUAGAUCGAUCUUGCACCUUGCUUGCCAACGAGGCAAUGUGGCUCUAGUCAAUUACAUCUUAGACGCUGCCGAGCAUCCUGUGUUGGACGCGAGAGACUCUGAAGGGAGGCCAGCCUUACAUUAUGCUGUUGAAAACAAACGAGCGCCGGAGACGGUCGAAUCUCUCGUUGAACAUGGAAGCGAUCUUCGGGCGAGAGAUAGUCUUAACCGUUCGGCACUGCACCAUGCAGCGAUAUGGGACCGUUUACCCGUAGUCAAAACUUUGCUAUCUUUUGACGAGAUGAAGGACGAGCUACACAGACCUGACUGCUAUGGUAUGACUCCAUUGGAUAUUGCGGUUCGGUACAAGUCCGACACCGUCCUAGCAUUACUGGUAGAAAGCGCUGGAUAUGAGACUCCCAUCAAAAAUUUGGAAGAUAGAAUGAUGAUACAGACAAGACAUUUAUUAGACGGCGCUGUCACCAAAUCUUCAGUAGAUCAAGCAAAGCUAGUACCUGCGCAAAAACCAAACCUUGAAGGAUCAGGGUCAACAUGGAAGUACCAAAGCUGGCCAACCCAGUUGAAAGAACAUUUACGUGCGUCUUUCCAUUGUAUGGACACGGGCGGCUUCUAUCGAAUGUUUCGUAUCAGCGCUAUGGUUUUCACUGCCUGGAAGAUCAUUAUGUUCCUAUGGAGUAAGCAGUAUAGCUGA